AUGAUGAUGAUGUCAGCUCCAUCUUCAUCAUUUCAUGAUUAUUUGGCAAUGGAUUCGUGCUUGCCGAAAAUGGAAGCCAUGACACCGAUUAUGCAAACAAAUGAAGAAUAUUUAGGAGAAACAUUUGAUAAUAGUGAUAUUAAUAGUAAUAAUAAUAGAAAUAAUAGAAAUACAGUUAUUAAACGACCAAUGAAUGCAUUUUUAUUAUGGGCACGUGGUGAAAGAAAACGUGUUUCAAGUGAUGGUUAUGGUGUUAGUCAAACAUCACUGAGUAAACUGCUGGGUGAAACAUGGCGACAUAUGUCAGUCGAAGAGAAACAACCGUUUUUGGAUAUGGCUGAAACAUUAAAACGUCAACAUCAUAUUGAUCAUCCAGAUUAUAAAUUUAAACCAAAACAACGUUCAACAAAUGGUAAUAAAACAACUUCAACAACAGUUAAAAAAAAUAAUUUAUUCACACCUCAACGACAAUUAUCAACAAUAAUUCCAUCACCACCACAUUGUACAUCAUCUUUAUCCCAAUCAUCACCAAUGUCAAAUGCAACUCCUCAUCCUAUACAAUCGAAUGUUUUAGCAAUGUGUCAAGCAAUGAUUCCAUCAUCACCAUUAGAAAAUAAUAAUGACUGGUUUUCUCAAUUGACUGGACAACCUCAAUCAGUUAUUGUUGCACCUAUACCACGAAAUCAAACUUCACCUAUAUCAUCACGUCGAGCUGUACGUAUACAAAUAAUAAAUAAACAUGAUGAUAUUGUUUUACCUCCACCAACAUUACUACCUAUGACACCUCCACCACCAUCAUCUUCACAUAUUAUGGAAGACUCAACUCCAACAUUAGUCGAUUAUCUCGCUAAUAAUUGUAAUAUAUUUAAUAUUCCUACUAAUAACAAUCCACAAGUAUUAGCACCUGUGAUGGAUGAUGCAAAUGAAUAUGAAACAUUACAUGAUUCAUCAGUUAAUCAUUUAACAGAUUUGGAUCAACAUUAUGAUAGUAGUGGUUGGAUUGAUACUCCUUUAUCUAGUUUUGGUACAAAUUCAACGGAUAUAGUUCCAUCAUCGCCCUAUUCAUCCUAUGACUUUUUAUGCCUCUAA